AUGAAAUACUUCAGUCACAGAGAGACUUACAAAAGGUUUCUUCUUAUAUUUUGGACGUGCCAUUUGCUUAUAUCGAUUGAGAGUCAACUACACCACACAAAUGUGAAAGUUGGUUUGUUUUCGGUUCGCAGAAAUCUCGAAGAAACUUCAGUGGAAAAUAUCCUAGUAGAUGUUGAUGGCCUCAACCGCAAUACAAGUUUGACCAAGACAUCUCUACAAAUAAAAAUCCUGUCCGUUCAUGGUUUAACGUACGAGGAGAUUUCAAGAAAGUUUUGCUCCAGCGUUUUGCAGGAUAAUGUAACGGUAUUAAUACUGCAAUCGAGGAAAGAAAAACUGGCAAGAUUUGUGGGCCAUUUAGCGUCGUAUUUUAAGCUACCUGUCAUAGGGACUAUAAACCAAGCUCUCCUGCCGUCGGAUAAGGUAAGAAAGAGAAGAAAUAUCAUUUAUAAUUUCAAGUUUUUCUUUGUCCAGUCUAAUUCAAUAUCUACCAUUGUUGAAUAUUCUUGAAACCCGCGUAAGAGGUCUCCAAUUUCGUCUAAAACUUUGACAUGCGCUCAUUACCUCCGGCAACAUUUUUCAGUUUUAUAGAAAAUGAUGGAUAAAGAUUUUUAAAAUGAUUAAAUAUUCAAAUCAUGAGAGAUUGCCUGUAUGGUUUUGGAUGAACAAUGGACAGGCACUCAGUGUAAAAAUGUCAUUCGAUCUGCUAACUAGAAACAGAACAAAACCAAUCUUAAGGGGAAAGCAUCUUGUUAAAUUUCGUGUGCUUUGGGAUAAAACUUCCUUUGUUUAAUUUAUUCUCUUCGAGAGCGCUAAAAAUCUCAAUUAGCGCUGCGAUUUUUUCUUAUUAAUCCAGCAAAGUAAAUUGUUUCUUAGAAACUCACCCGUGACUAUAGAAACUGAUUAAAUCACUUAGAUUUUAUGAUUAUUAUAAAUAUUAUUUAGCAGCUAUGAUAGUUUUGCCGAUUUUUCCAUAGCAGAAGUUAAGCUUCCACAAACUUGAGAAGGACAGGAACUUAAAAAUGAGUCCGCAGUAUUGUGAUAAGGAGCUUAGGAAGUGUACAUUUCCUUCAAGACUUUUUGAUGAUUAAUAUCACCACUCAUUCUUUUGAAAUUGAUUAAUGUUGGUUAAAAAUUAGAGCAGAAGUUCCUCAUGUUGAAUAUCCGUUUUUUUUGUAUAUUCAACACUGAAUUACACCAUCUCCUAUGACAACUUAUUUUUUUGAAAAAUUCAUUUAUUUCUUCCUUUUUGGAUGAUUUUAGAAUUCAAUGAAAAAGCUUUUUAUUUGUUCAUUUUAGAUAAUAAUUCAUUCUGCAAAUUGAUAAAACAUAAAUAUUAUAUUAGCUUGUAAAAGUGCAUACUGCAUGCUAUUUUCUUUGUCUCAAAAUAAUUAUUGCAUGUCGAGCGUAUGUCAAGUGUAAGAACUUUUAACUCUGUUAGCUGUCUAUGGUUCAAUAUACAGUUUCAUAAUUCAGUUCAGCUUCCUUUUUCACACUUCGGUUGAGCUACAUGUGAACUGUCUCAGUGUAAUUCCACUUUUACGAAUAUGCGAUUAGAAAACCAGUGCCUUAGAAAGAAUUGUGUUCAUUUGACUCGAUAGCAAAAGAAAAGAUGACCCGAAAUUUUAGGGAGUGCAUUCCAUGCUAAACCAAACUUUUGGGAAUCGAAAUCUUAGUAAACACCAGGCUUUGAUAUCUAGCUGCCAUUUGAAUCUGAGAAUCGAUCAAAGUCGUGGAAAACAUAGAUUUUAUCAAAAUCCUGUGUAGCAGUAGCGUUUUAAAACUUAAGCUAGCUGAUAGCAAACUUUUAAAGAAUUGCUAUUAACCUACAGCUUCCAUAAAACAUUUAUUACUUUCAACUAUGGCACCAGUUAUAAAUAUAUUUCCUACCUACUAAGGAUUGAACUUUCUGAAGUCCAAUAUCUCUAAACUGAGACAGCCAUUUUAACUUUUUGAUUGUCUCAACUCAUAGGAAAAAAAAAGCAGUAUAAGAGAAAUUGCUUGCUUCUCAUUUUUGGUGAUGAUAAAUUUUAUCUUGUCUUUCAAGUAAUGGUGAAGAAAUUUUUAACCAAUGAAUUACUGAACUUUCAGGCAUAAAGCCUUUUAAAUUUGAAUAAGAAGAUUACUGAUUCUUAUCUCAGUAAGAAGUGCUCUUCAAAGUUAAUGGAAAUUGUCAUAUAUCAAUUAAGUCUACAUUAGAAAAUAUGUUAAUUACAAGGUUUUAAGAACUAACUAAAACGUUUACGAUUGUUCUUCAUGUCUCGUGGAACCAAGAUCUGCUAGGUGCAUACAUUGUGUAUAGUGUAAUUUUUUUUAUGCCACGAGGAGUGAAUGACUUUCAAGAUUACAUGCAAGUCGAGAAAAUUUGUGCAUGAUCUCCUUGAACUAGGUGCCGCUUUUUUUAAGCUUAAAAUUGUUCCACUUCAACACUUCUUUUGCGAUUCUCGUAUAGAGAAAAUCAUACUCCGGGCAAACACGUUGCAUCGUAUUUGAUGUACGUUGUACGUAUAUGGUACUAAAAUCCAGUUUGGGAGAGCUUGACUUUGCGGAUGGCAGGAAGUACUUUGUUAAUGAUAUAUGAAAUAAAUCAUAUAUGAACUGCGGAAAUGAAAUGAAGAUGAAGAAAUGAUCGUCGCGGUGAACGCAAUUUAUGCAAUUGCGUAAAGAAGCCUGAAAAAAAUUCAGGAAUUCAAGUCCUGAAUUUUUUUUUUUUCAGCUUCUUUACGCAAUUGCAUACAAAGUUGCGUUCAGUGCGACGAUCAUUUCUUCAUCUUCAGGAAGUACUUUGGCGUUUUCCGCUAUUUAAAUUCAUCAUUUGGUAAUUAGUUUUCUCGAUGAUAACUUUUCAGUUCUCAGAAAUUAUUGCCCUGUCUCAACAUGCUUCAAUUUGAGUUUAUUGCUAAUAAAAUGAGUGAAAUAGUAAUUUGGACUUUUAGAAAUCCAACUGAUCAGUAAUUAAUUGCAGGAGCGAUAAUAAUUUAUAGUAUCUCCCUUUCAAAUACAUAAAUUAUAGCUGUGUUGUUUCUCGUCUAGAUCCUCGCUCCCAACAGGAUAUAACUGUGUCCAGCUACCGCUUAGCCAUUGAAAAUUUUACGGGGCUUUUUUAACUUGAGAAGGAGAACAGAGGCAAAAAACGAACCAGAAAACGUUUGCUAGAUAUUUUUCUUUAAGUGAUUUCAUAUUAUUGAAAAGUGCAGUGAUGUUAAAGAAGAAUUGCUUGCAAGUGAUUAAAGCACAGACAGCUUCUUGACAUUAGCGUUAUAUUUGAAGUUAAAAAACUGGUAAACAUUGUUUAAUGAUACAAUUUCUUUUCUUGGAAACUUUUGCCAAAAUUAUUCCAAUUUUUUACGUGGAGAAGCUUAAUGAUACAAAGAAAGAAAGAAAGGAAGAGUGAAAUCACCCAGAUCUUGCAGUUACUGAUAAGAAGAUGAAAGGGAUCAAGAUCUCGUCCACACGUAUCCGGAUUUUUUUCCUCACUUUUAACCUCAAGUCCACAUGUAAACGGGCCCAAAAUAAGGCCCACUCCACACUUAUCCGGAGUUUUUUAAAACGGAGAUAUUGCAAAAGGUUCGCACGUAGAGUCUUUGAAUCGUUUUUGCCCGUCUACAUGAACGCUAAAACGAUGGAAAUAUGAUAACAUCCCGUAAUGACAGUAGUAUAUGACGUAUCAGAUCAUCGUAUUCCAAAACCUCCGUUUUCUUCCAUUCACACGUAAACGUUAGGCCGGCGUUUUCAAAAAUCUCCUACCUGGGAAUCGUUGUUUGGAACCUGCGGACCUGCGGACCUGCGGUUCCGUUAACACGUGGACCGAGAAGGUUAAAACGAAGUACAGUACGCGUUCACGUGCAGCUGAAGUGAGAGCGAUAAACCAGUCGGUCUCUCUUAUUGAUUAAGAGAGGCUACCCUGCGUAGCAGCCGUCCAAAGGGGUAGGGUGGAAUAAAUUUUCCUCAAUUAAGUUAUGCCCUUUCGUCGUUGUCUCAAGAAUAAAAUAAUGUGAAAUCUCGUUAGGAUGGCGUCACCUGCUAUUUUAAGGAUAUUUAACCGUUUUGACAAUUUUUUAGUCACUUUAUCAUCAUCAUCAUCAUUAUAUAUCAUCAUCAUUAUCAUCGUCAUCAUUAUAUAUCAUCAUCAUUUAAAAGAUAUUUCAUGAAAUGUGAUUCUGAUUUUUUUUUCAGCAAUACUUCAGUACUUUUGUUCGCAACAUUCCAUCCAGUACCUCACAGUUCACUGUAUUCUGCGAUCUACUGCGUUAUGUCGGUAAAAGAAAAGCGUUUGUUGUAGUAAGUGACGAUACUUCGUACAGCUUCGCCUUACAACAAUGCAAUGACGAUGAACAAUUCAUAUCACUAACUGUCAUCCAUCUCGGAGCACCAAACAUUCAACAGCAAGAAAUUAUCCAACAGUUACAGAGGAUAAAAUCAAGCACUACACAAGCUGUAUAUCUUUACUGUGAUUCAAAGCUUGCACAUUUUAUUCUUUGGCUUGCCAAAGACUUCCGCCUAAUUAACGAUGAUAUUUUAUGGAUUCUGUCCAAGAAAUCAUUGGAAAACGUUCAUAACCUAUACGAACUUCCUAGCUCCACAUAUCUCAUUAGAACAGAGUCGUUUUCAAACGAAGAGGAAGUUGAGAGAAGACAGUUGAUUGACAACUUAUCAGUAGUAAAAAGAACCUAUGAUUCCAUGGAGGACGAGGUCAUAUUAGACUACUUGCGGAGGCCAACAAACUGUUUUAGGUCACCGAAAUGGACUAAAGGGAAACAGUUGUAUGAGUAAGUACUUAAAUAAUUGCUUCUAUUAAAGCAUAAACUACCUUACUAUAGCGCAGCAAAAAAAAAAGCGCUCAGAGCUCAGUACAACAAAUUCAGAUCGGUCUUAUCUCACUAUAUGUACACCUCUCAGUAAACAGAUAUAAACGUUAGAGACGACGGCUUUCGUCCAUACGGAAAGCGCUCGCAGGCGGAUAUUUUCCUAAAUAAAUUCGCCAAUUCCUAAAUACUAGUAAGUUCGCAAAUGGACUGAUAGGCAUCGGAAUGUAAACGCUUUCGUUUGUAGAGGUUAUAUUUACAUUUACCACUAAAAGCCCGCCCAUCACUAGCAGAUGUAUUAGCUGGGACCAGCAAAACCUUCAUGCGCUUAACAAAAAUCAGAACUGGCCCGUUGAACCGAUCAUUGCGAAAAUAACGGUUAGGGUUAGGGUUAGGGCUAUAUUCGAGACUUUUCGCUAAAAACCCAUCACUGCAUUCCAUGCAUGGUAUUUAGGAUGAAUAAAAUUAUCUGACUGGACAGAAUUCUUUAUAAGAUUGGACUGCACAUGGCUGGUCGUUUGUCAGUUCUGAAUACAUGGUGCGCGCCCAAAUUAAAUAAAUAAAAUCAAUUUUUAACUUAAAAGUACUCUUCUGGACAAGGUUGUAGACUAACCGGGGAUGCGAUAAGACUCAGAAAGUGCAACAGAUCAUGUACACUCAUUAUCUUUUGCCUUUGUCGUUUUCUGCAUUUAGAUUACUCCGGAGAGAGGCUCAGUCAAGUGUUCCAAGCACCAUGCAAGGUAAAGACGAUCAAGAAACCGCUUCUUAUGAAAUUCUUUAUCUCCAAAAAUCGUAUGAGGGGGGUUGGUUACAAGUAGGGCGGUGGACUAGUGAGGGAAUAACGUUACAAUCCAAUCAACUGUUAAGAGGCAAGGAGAAGGCAAACUCUGAAAUACCCCGAUUGCGAGCUGCAGUAGUGGAAUACCCGCCGCUGACCAUGAAAGCAGAUUUCGACUCAUCUGAAGGAUGUUAUCAGGGGUUAGAGUGUAAGAAAUAUAUUGGAAAUACAGAUAAUUUCACCACAUAUUGCUGUUAUGGUUUAGCUAUUGACGUGUUGAGGUACGUCAAGACCGAGUUACAGUUUGAACCGCAGGUGUACUUUGUACGAGACGGGAAUUACGGUGCGAAAAAUUCCAUUGCGAACACGUGGAAUGGAAUCGUGCGUGACAUCCAGGAGGGAAAAGCAGAUAUCGCCAUUGAUUUAAUGACAAAUGAAGCACGUUCGGAAGUGAUUGAUUUCUCGUUGCGCUGGACGCACGCUGGUCUUGCUUUGCUUGUGCUUGUGGGAGAACAAAAAGUUGAGAGGCUAGACUUCUCUUUCUUUCAUCCUUUUACUUCCUAUCUCUGGAUAAGUAUGAUCGGAGUAGUGAACUUUUACCUGGGAAUUCUGUGGUACACGGACCGGUUGAGUCCUUAUGGUCAUUAUAAAUCUGUGCGCGCCAAAAAUCAUAAUGGUUUUGAUCUGAGUGAGAGUAUGUGGUAUUGUUGGGGAGUUUGUUUCGAUAACCAGUUCGUGGACUCGCGACCAAGGAGUUUGAGCGCUCGUGCAAUGGCGGUUGUUUUGGCAAUAUUUGCUUUGAUGUGUGUGACGUCAUACACUGCAAACCUCACUGCCCACCUUCUGUCUGACGACACUAAACCUGAAGUCACAGGCAUCCGGGAUCCUAAGGUUAGUAACGAGUUCCCUGUAUACGAAAAAAACAAAAAAACAAAAAUCAAUCAGUCAGCGCUGCAUUUUGCCUAAUUCUUCCACAAGCAUUGAUUUUUAAAAUGAAAUUUUUAAGAUUAAUGACUCACAGCUACUAUAAGGAAGGCUGCUUGCGUUCCGUUUACAUCUGAAAAAAUGCUGUUGUCAGUUUCCAUCCGCGGAUAAUUAGGACGGAAAGGUUUAAGUGAGAUAAGGUAUUCUCUGCUUUUUUAAAAUCGUGAAACCUUCUUAUGUAGUCCAAAAUCGUUUUCGUUUUCAUCGCAGCCUUUUGAAAAGACCGUUUGCGAGAAAGCUCCCGAUCUUGAGAGGAAGAGAAAAUAAAUCGGCAGCUUUUCCUCUUCGGACCACAAUGAAAUCACUAAGGUUAUGCCCAAGUGUUUUCCCGAAUGAAGGCUUACAAGGAAGCCGCUACAAGUAGCUUUUCAUUUUCGUCUAAAACAUUAAACAUUUUCUGAGAAUUCGUAACUUUUUUAUGUUUCUUCAGAUCACGUCACGCGAGUCCACGAUAUCAUACGGGGUGGUAAAGUCAAGUUAUGUUGAUUCCUACUUUGAACUGAACGAAGAUCCAGCCAUGCGGUUCAUGUUCACACGCAUGCGUGAUAAGAAGCACCUGGUGGAUAACUUUACUGAUGGAGUGGAACGAGUUAAGAAAAAGUUAGUCUGUCAUCUAAUGAUUACAAGUGAAUUUUAGCUAAUUGGGUACACUAUUUAUCUGAAUAGAGAUUAAGGUAGUCACAGCAAAGGCUAGCAUUUUCUCCCAUCCUUAUUUCCUUGCAUGCUUGUGUCACUAGCUUAUGUGAAAAAUUUGCGUUAGAGUGAAAGAAAUUUCACAUUUUCUUAGUGUUAUGCCGUUUUAAAAUUGGAUAUUUUUUACCAUGAAUGUGUAAUGUAAAAUGGUCUUUGAAAGACGGGGAAAGGGUGUAAGUAGCUGCUGUGCAUUAAAUUCACACAUUGGGCUUGGAACCAAGAGAGAAUAGCAAGUGUGCUAUCCCAAUCAUCGGGACAAAUUUUGUGAUCGGUCAAGCGGGACAACAAAUGUCUUAAGUCGUAACACAAGCAGUAUUAUUUAACCAGAAAACAAACCAUAAUGAUGCUAACCUCGCUAAUUUUAAAUAGGAGGCGUAGCCAGGAAUCAAAUAAAGCUGUUUUGGUCGGGUGGAGGAUCUUAUUAACCAAAUUAACCGCUAUUUUAACCAAACAUCGUUCUCACACAGUUUACCAUAAAAUAUAUGACUUUGUCUGCAAGUUAUACUGACUAUGUUUGUUUCAUUUCAGGCAGUUGGAUAUCUUUAUCAGUGAAGUGUUAUCCAUAGACUAUGAAGUGGCCAAACAAAAAUCAGUAUCGUACCCCAGACUACAGGUUGUAGGUGCCUCUGCGCCCUUUGCCGAGAGUGGCUACUCUUACGCGUUUAAAAAGAACUCUCCAUGGAAACCCAAAUUUGACUUGGUCAUCAACAGAAUGAAAGCAGAAAAUGUGUGAGUGGAGCUGAUAGCAUUUGUUGUUGAUCUUCCAAUAACAGUCCUAUAUAUUUACCGAUCAUUAUCGGAUACUAUGAUGUAGAUAUUUUGCUGGGCAGAAAAUAAUUAAAAAAGAAGGAAGAUCAAUCUGAAUGUUGGGCCUGUAAAUACGAAGCAAUACCAGACACAAACACUUUCAAUCGAUUGUUUUUUGUUCGUCAAGGUUGCCUGUCUGACCCUGUUCAACUGUAACCUUUCCGCUUUGGUUAAUGCUGGAGUUUUUCCGUGUGUUUCGAUUCACUACUUCAAAGGAUAGUCAAGGUUUAAAAAGUAAUAACUUUCAUCAAUGUUUGCCCAUGGAUAGCCUGUUGUAUGCAUUAGAGAAAAAGUUGGUUCAGGCCAUCGAGUGCAUAAGGGAAUCAUUCAAAACCUCACGUUUGCAAUGAUUCUUCUUCCCUCUGUAGUGUACCUCAAAGAUUAACUAAACUAAAAGGACCACAAGGACCAAACAAUACAACUCCAAAUAUUGAAUAAUUGUGAAUUUUUAAUGUGGAAAAUACCUUAAGUGUUUGGUACGAAAUCAGUGCUGGUACCUAAGUGCAAAAAUGAAAACUGAAGCAGAACAGACUACCUCCUAAGUUCCUUUACAGUUACCUCAAAAAGCACGAAACGCCAAGCUGAAAGCAAACAAAGCAUCCUUCAAAACACAUCUUUUUAUAUAAGAAUUUUAAUUUAAAACUGUAGUUAGGGCACAUUGUAGUUAGUAUUAGUAGACGAAGAUCGACCUCAUGGAAGCACUUCUAAUAAAAUUGUUGUUGUUAUUAUUAUUAUUAUUAUUAUUAUUAUUGUUAUUAUUAUUAGGAGUGGUGGUACAACUACUGAAAGGUGAACAUAGUACCCAAGCCUCUCUCAAUUUAAGGUUCAAUGUGAUUUGGUGGACUGGGGAGGAAAUCAUGGGACGAGUGCUAAAAGCCUAAUACCUUAAGUGUUUGGUACGAAAUCAGUGCUGGUACAUAAGUGCAAAAAUGAAAACUGAAGCAGAACAGACUACCUCCUGAGUUCCCUCACAGUUACCUCAAAAAGCACGUAACGCCAAGCUGAAAGCAAACAAAGCAUCCUUCAAAACACAUCUUUUUAUAUAAGAAUCUUAAUUUAAAACUGUAGUUAGGGCACAUUGUAGUUAGUAUUAGUAGACGAAGAUCGACCUCAUCGAAGCACUUCUAAUAAAAUUGUUGUUAUUAUUAUUAUUAUGAUUAUUGCUAUUAUUAUUAGGAGUGGUGGUACAACUACUGAAAGGUGAACAUAGUACCCAAGCCUCUCUCAAUUUAAGGUUCAAUGUGAUUUGGUGGACUGGGGAGGAAAUCAUGGGACGAGUGCUAAAAGCCAUGUUAUGGUAUCUGCCUUCCUUAAUAAGUGCAAUGAGCGACUUUUGCUGUAAUUAAAGAUAUUAUCAUUGUUUCUUACAGACCAAGUGAGUUGUAUAAGAAAUGGGUAUCUUCAGGUGAAGACAGAAGCGAGGAACAUCAUCAAAGAUUAACCGUGCGUGCACUUAGUGGCGUGUUUUUUCUCGGAGCUUCCCUCGCUGUAGUCGCCAUAUUUUUCCUCUUCCUUGAAAACAAACUUUUCGCCAAGGGCUUCAUAUAUAAUGAUAUGAGAGGUGACUGUGUUGUCCAGAAAGGCCAAAGGAAGUACUCUGCAGCAGUCAAACGGAAACUAUUGGAUUUCAACAAAGACAAAGAUGAGGAUUUAGAAUUCCCGGAUAUAUCUGGCUAUUUACAUAAGAGAAGAAGAACCGAUGUAAUGUUGAAAUCACUGUAUAAUCCAAAAUCCGUCAGAAGAAAAUACGAAGAAGCUGGCGAAAACCGUACUGCCUCCAGCUCCGUUUAG